AUGGAAAACAACAGACAACAAAACCCUCUUGAAACUCCCACACUUCGUCGUGCUGCAGAGGAUGAUGAUGAAGUAAUGAAAAUGCAAGAGUUGGAAGAUGAGCAAUUACUUUUGAUAAACA